GCAUCACUGCAACCCUAAGUAGGGGAAACAUGGCUGCCUACUGUUCACCGACGCUAUUUCUAUUUACGUUUCGUUUGUUUUGUUUUUCAGUUAACAGAGGAAGAAAGAGCUGGUGUCAAAAGCAGUUUUGAGUCCUUUCUUAAAAAAUGUCUUCAGAGUUUCUGCACGAGGAGACAUUUCCUUUACAGUCGUAGAGAACGAGCCUGUUACCGACAUCCUGAUUUUUCACGUUUUCGCUUAGCUGUCAAGCUGCUCGUCUGUGCCCCCCCCUGCGUUUCAUUUGCCCUUUAUUAGCCUUUAUUAGCCUGCUCCGCUCGUCUACCAACAUAACCGUUAAAUAUCCAUUAAUAACCGCUAUGUUCAGCCCCGUGAAGUCUUGUUAUUUCAGAGUCAGUCCGACCAUUGUCAACAGAGAACUCGGUAAGACCAAGAUGAGAUAGCAAGAGGACACGUCCGAGUGCUAACACGCGGUUUACUGUGGCGAGGCUCCAGCGUUAAUAAAAACUUAGUAAAGAAGUCACGAAAAUCCUCACACGGCAUGUUUGGCAAUCUUUUCGAGGAGGAUGAGGACGACGAAGGCUUCUCUUCCACCUCUACCAAAGGGAGAGUCGUUAAGGGGGGAGGAGAGCCUCCCCCUGCCCGGGGAAGAAGCAAUCUGUGCGGCAUCAAGAACCAGGGAGGGACGUGCUAUCUGAAUUCCCUGCUCCAGACCCUGCUGUUCACCCCAGAGUUCAGAGAACAGUUGUUCAGUUUGGGGCCAGAGGAGUUAGGAUGCCUGGAAGACAAAGAGAAGCCAGGUGCCAAGGUCAGAGUGAUACCACUGGAGCUCCAGAGAUUAUUUGCCAGUAUGUUGUUGGUGGACCAGCAGAGUGCCUCCACUGCCGACCUCACUGAUAGCUUUGGCUGGAACAGCAGUGAGGGGACAAAUCAGCAUGAUGUGCAGGAGCUGAACAGGAUUCUGUUCAGUGCUUUGGAGCACUCUCUUGUGGGAACCACUGGUAGUACAUUUAUUCACCAGCUCUACCAUGGGAUCAUUGUCAACAGCAUUGUCUGCAAGGAGUGUGGGAAUGUCAGCCAGAGACAGGAGGACUUUCUGGACCUGACGGUGUGUGUAUGUGGCAUAUGUAGCCUGGAGGAGGCUUUGUGGAACAUGUUUGUGGAGGAGGAGUUGUUUGAGGGCAAUAAUUUGUACCGCUGUGCACAGUGUGACAGGCUGGUCACUGCUGCCAAGUCUGCUAAGAUGAAGAAGCUCCCUCCAUUCAUGACAAUGUCUUUGCUGAGGUUUAGCUUCGACUUUGCCAAAUGUGAGCGAUACAAAGAGACGGGACGCUACAGCUUCCCCUUCACCAUCAACCUAAGACCUUUUUGUGAGCAGGUUGAUGGAGAGGACUCUGAAUACUCCUAUGACCUGUUCUCUGUGAUCAUUCAUAAGGGUGGCUGUUAUGGUGGCCAUUACCACGUUUAUAUCAGGGACAUUGACCAGCUCGGUCAAUGGGAGCCACCGGAGGCGGACUGCAAACCUAAAACUCAGAGGAAAGCGAAGGAAGAGGCCAAAGAUGUGUGUGAGCCAAAACUGCAAGAAGACGACCCCUUGUCUGUCAUUAGUGCUAUAAUUGUCCAGGAGCCGUCAAAGAGUGUCCCGAUGGACCAGCUGGGCCAGAAACUCAUGGAAAAGAUCGGUUCAUCCUGGAGCAAAAAGUUCAGAAAACGCUACGGUCCCAUCGGAAAGUUCCUGCAGUCCCACAAUGAUGUGUUCAUGUUGGUGUCGAAUGGUACAAAAGUAGCACUGAAAGCAAACCUGCCAAGUCCAGUGACUGACCCUGCUGUCCCGGCAAAGCAGACCACUAACUCAGGUCCUUCAAUAUCCUCCGGCUCAACAACUGAGAAACAGCAAGACCUAGACCAGGAGCCGGAACUAGAACCAGAGCAGGGUAGCCACUGGUUUGACCUCAAUGACUCCGCUGUGACCUCCAUCAGGCAGUCUGAUAUAAAGAAGCAGUUCCAGGGCAAAGAGAGUGCAUACAUGCUGUUCUACAGAAAAACACAGCUGCAAAGGCCCAGUGAAGCCUUCAACAAUCCACAAUAUAAAGUCCCCUCUCGCCUUGUGCAGAUGGCUCAGGAAGAGAACAUCAAACUGCAAGAGAUGCGUGAGAAGUUUGAAGCCUCCAAUAACACAGUGGAGCUGCGUCUGCAUCUGGCACCAUGUUACAUACUUGAAAAUGGAGCUCUACAAGCAGCCAACAAAGAGCACAGUGGGAACACCACCCUCAGCUUUGACCGCAGAAAGACUGUAGGAGACCUGCGAUUAGCGAUUUACCAGAUGCAGGAGCUCUGGGAAGGGGAUAUGGCUUUGACUGUGGCCAAGAGUCUUCCAGCAGGUCUACACCUCUACAACACUCUUACAGAUGACACCGUCUCCCUGUACAGCGCAGGCAUCCACACAAACUCUGACUUGUUUGUGUGGAACGGCAGAGAGGUGUGCGGUGCAUCGAUCCUCACUGGGGCUGAGUGGGAGCCCGUGUUGCUGACUGUUGUCCGUCCGUUUUUGGACGAAGAUGAGAAGCAGGAGGUGGGGAACGGGGUGGAGUGUGAGGAGAGCAAAGGUCCGUUUGAAAAUGCGGGACCAGGACUCAAGAGGGAGGCGAGAGGUUUCGCUGGUGGUGCGACACUCUGGGAGGUGAAGGAGGCACUGGGGGAGCCAAAGGAGAGUCUGCUGUGCCAGAAGCAUGAGAGAGGAAGGAGAGGAGAGCAGGGAGCAGGAGAGGGAGGUGGGGCAAGCGGAUGGAGGGUUUUCCCCCCCGGUGACAUGCAGCGUACGCUAAAAGAGCUGUCACUGAAAGAUGGCGAUGCGUUGUUGGUUUUGGAGCCACAGUCGUUCGACAGCAGUGUGUUUACUCUCAAUGGAGACGUUGUUACCGUCACUACACCAUCUGACUGCCGCUGGCUUCAGGUGGAGUUUCAGUCUCCUGGAGAAGGAGGAGGAGGAGGAGGAGGUGGUGAUGUUGAUGAGGAGAAAAGGAAGAAAGUUAAUGUUCCAGCCACAGGAAAUAUGCUGCUGUGUGAGGUGAAACAAAGAGCCAUAGAGGAGCUGCAGCUACAGGAGAAGGCCUCAGGUGCACAGUUCUGUCUGCGACAGGUGGACUGCUCAGGGAAACUCCUUCCUCCAGUGUGCGAGGAGCUGAGUGUUCGAGAAGCGGGGGUGCGACUCAUGACCACACUGACUCUCUGUCCGGGAAAUGCCCCCAAGGCAUCACAGCUUUUUUUGCAUUUCUCUGUGGGCACAGCACCCUCUGCUGGCAUGGAGAGGGACAUCAUUGUGGAGGAGACCUGUACUGUCCAAGAGUGUCUUGAGGCAAUGCUGGGUGCUGUUGGACUUGACGGUUCCUUUUGGCAUUUGAGGAGGCUUAAUUGGUGUGAGGAUGUUGGAGAGCCACUCAUGGAUAUGGAUGCAUCUCUGUCGGAGCUGAAGAUAAGCAGUGGGGAAACAUUAGUCGUCACAGAAGGACAACUUCCUCCAAAGGGGUUUCUUAACUUCUCCCUGUGGCUUUAUCUGGAUCCCAACAACACGGACACACAUUUUAAAACAAAUGAAGCGAAUAAUCACUCGCCUCACCAGCUGAGAAGCAUAGGACAGGUGGAGAUAUCGGACGAAGCCACACUGGACGAGCUCAAGACUCAGGUUUUGACGCUGCCUGAUCUUCAGAAUGUGUGUGUGCCAACCAAUGCAUUCAUGCGUGUGUGGCAGCGAGAGGGAGGGCGGUUGGCACGAAUCCUCAGAGGACAACAACUAUCGCUCAGGAAAUUGAAGCUCACCAGUGGAACAGAUCUGUGUGUGCAACUACUGCUGAAAGAGGAAGAUCUUGGGCCCAAGGAAUUGUUACUGAAUGUGAAGAUGGGAGUACCAGGGGAGAGGAGUUACUUCCCUCCAGAGGAGCUGGUUUGGGACGCCUCCCAUGAUUCGUCGCCUCGCUCUCUGCGCACACGUCUGGCUGCACAUUAUGGCAUUUCCCCCGACGCUCUGCUGUUGGCCAAGUAUCAGCCAGACAAACACAUUUGGAAAGAAAUAUCAAAUUGGACCCAGCAGGUCUCCAAAAAGAAAAAGAAGAGAACAGAAUCACUUCUGGGAGCGUCAUUCCAUCUCAAAGACGGUGACACCAUUGGUGUCAAGAAUCUUUUGAUCGACAACAACAAGGACUUUGUGACACUGGAGGAUGAGCAGGGUCAGCAGAGGCUCAGGGAGCAGGCCGAGCAGCGCAGGAAAGGAGGGAACACUGCGGGAUCUGAUGAUGCUGGGUUGCAGAAGAAGACCGGACAGACCAAAUCUAGGAAGCCAGAGGUGGCGCUGUCCAUCAAUGUUGGGGAAUUCAGAUAGCAAAUCACAACUACCUAGAGACACAAACACAUUGCAAUUAGGACAAUCCACUCUUUUUUUUCACAAAUCUUUUAAUUCUAAUACACAAAUAUUAAAUCCCUUUUUUUCUCAUUAUUAUAUUACGACAACAGAGAACGAAGUUGACUUUUGUCACUUUGAGUGUCUAGUUUUUAUGAUAGGAUGAUUUAAUUUGCAUUGUUUCCAUGCAACGUCACCUUUUCCUUUUCAUUACAUGACCCUUGUUUGUCUUCUCUGAUUUUCAACCGUUGCCCUUUAUUUAAUUACAUUUCAGAUCUUUUCUAAGGGAGAUUUAAAGACAGUGGGACAUUCGGGAUGACAGUCUUUUGCUGCAUCAGUCAUUAAUUCACAACCUUAGAGUGUUUUUUGUUUCUCUUUUCAACUUUGUUUACCUUUUUUUUCAAUUACGAACCUGCAAGGAAAUACUGUAUUACGCUUGUGCUAACUUGACUUUCUAUAUCUCUGCUGUGGUAAAACUGUUCAGGUGAAAUGUAUACGGCAGCCAGUGGCUUUUUAUUUUUCAAAAUCUUUCUUUAACGAGUUGUCCAGCGCACAAUUAACUGAAAAAAAGAAUGAACUGUCACUAUAGUCGACGCGGAAUCGUUUGUUGUGAUCGUUGGCUUUACAGACACACUUCUUAUAGGUUGACAACAGAGGAGAGAUGGGCCUUAACAUGGAGAUGCUUCAGUGCUGCUCCGUCCUCUCUACCUCACUCUCUACCUCUCACUCUACCUCUGCUGCCCUCUCAUGUUGGUUUUCUCCUUAACUGUCGCCCUCGUCAAUUCCAGUAAAGGAUGGUUAAAGUAUUUAGACAGAGACUCAGUGUGCAAUUUUCAAGUUCUUUGUAUUUUUACCACACUAUUAACUAUCGGGUGACUGUAUGUAUUAUCUGCCUUUAUUCAUUUUUACUCAUAUUCUGUAAUUGGAGAUCAUUUCACGAGUGUCCUUCAUUGGACUCUGUCCAUCUACAGCAGACUGCCUUCACUUCCACAUCAUGUUGUCAUUUUACCUUAAAAGGAAAAACUGUAGGGAGCAAAAACUUUGUUAUAAAACUGACUUUGAUGAGAUACUUUUUUUUUUUUUUUUUUGACAUAUGUAAAGGUAAAGAUCCCUGAGUCUUUUGUGAGGAACAUUUAAGGAUUAAUUUGCAUGCACAAUAUGUGGACUUGAGGGGAAGUAAAAACUCAUUUUGAAAAAGUAAAUAAUUGUAUUACUGUGAUUUAUUUUUUGUUCUAAAAGGAUUUCCCGUGCUGCUUCAUGUGUUGAUCUGGCCGCAAUCAGUGCCAACGAUUUUCAAAAUUGAAGGUGAUUAUGACAGUGCACAAAUGUUUGUAUUUGUGUCAGAUUGAAAUUGAUUAAGAUAUUUUACCACCAUUAAAGGUUUACUGCAGUAACUGUCAGUCUUUUUUCAGUUCAUGUGUAUGUGGAAAACAACAUGGUGCUCGACUGCGGGGCGAGUUUCAACUGAGCUAUUUCACAACACAACAAACAAAAUAAUGCACACUGUGAUUUUUUUUAUCUGUGAAGAGUUGAGUUUGGAGGAGCAGCUAUAAUCAGUCAGAUUUAUUUGCCAAGUAUGUCGACACGGACAAGGAAUUCUUGGCAGUUGUAAGUAUGUAAUAAAAAAUAAAUGAAUAAUUAAAAGCACACACCAGAAACUUUGGCAGUGAAUGGGUGAGGACAGAUGAAUGAUGAUGAGGACAGGUGAAUUGGC